AUGCUUUCCUCUGACGUCGCAAUCAUGUCAGGGGCAACGGCCGUGGAGGAGGACAAUUAUCAUCGCGAGGCGACAACCAUCACCGAGGCUUUUUUUGAUUGCGCCCGCUACAACGACGGUGAUGAUGCGAAGUUGCUGUUGGCGUAUCUCUCCGCCACUCCCUCACUCAUUGGAGCGAAGGAUGAACAGGGACGAACGGCGGUUCAUCUCGCGGCAGCGAAUGGCCACAUUGGAAUUUUGGAGAUGCUCAUGGAGUUUGGUCCAUCCCCGGACGUGCCGAAUCACGAGGGUAACACGGCCCUGCAUUUUGCCGCCCUCAACAACCAACUCGAGGCGGCUCGAAGGCUAUUGGAGUGGGGGUGGCAUGCGUCCGCACGGAACGUGUUUGGGAAAAAACCCAUCCAACUGAUCUACGGAAAGAAGUAUGAGGCGAUGGAAACGCUGUUGCUUGGGUACGAUGACGAAAUUGAAAGUUGCACAAGAGGGACUGUGAGUCUUGUGGAUAAGGGAGAUGACCCUCCACCGGCACCGGCAUCGGCACCGACAGCGACGCUGGCGGGCAGCAGCUGUCUGCACACUACCCCUGUUCACCAGCUUUGUGAAGACCUUUCUCCUGAGGAGACUUCACACCACGCGGAGGCAAAAAUUACCCCACAAGCAAAAGACGAGGAUCCUACAAGGCUCUUGGGCUCUGCUGAUGUCGACGGGAUCGAGUAA